AUGAAGUUAUUUGUAGUCACUUUUUUUUAUUUUAUUAUUCUUAACACAUUAUAUGCAAAGGAUGGUAUUUAUAUUAGUAAUAAAAGAGAAGCAUUUAGAAAUAAAUUUAAGAAAAAGAGUAGUUUACAUAUAUUAAAUAAUGAUUCGGAAAAAAAUUUUUUGCAAGUUAAAUCAGAAAAUAUAUAUGAUCCAUCGAUUGUUUAUAGAGGUAUGGAGAAUAAUGCACUUGGAAUAUCUACUAUUUAUUAUUCACGUUUAAUGUGGGGAGGUGUAAUUUUUUUGGUUAUGUUUAUUCUAGUUAGUAGUAUUGGAGUUUAUUUAUAUGUUGAUAAUUUAGAAUAUAAUUCUCCAAAAAAAAGGGGUAUUAGAAAUACAACAAAUUAUUAUGUUACUAAUCCUCAUUUCCCAUAA